AACGAGAGAGAAAUGGAGAGGGAGGGAGGGAGGGAGAGAUUAAGAGGGAGCGCGAUUAAGAAAGAGGGAGAAUGAGAAAAUGAGAGGAAGCGGUUGAGAAGGAGAAUGAAAGGGAGGGGAAGAGAGAGAGAACGAGAGAGAAAUGGAGAGGAAGGGAAGGAGAGAGAGAAUGAGAUUAAGAGGGAAAGCGAUUAAGAAAGAGAGAGAGGGAGAAAACGAGAGGAAGGAGGGAUUGAGAGGGAGAAGACCGAGAGAAAGAGAGGGAGAGAGGAAGGAAAAAAAAACACGAAUCGGGAGGCUUCCCUUUGGGCAAGCUGGCUCGGGACUGUCAACCGGAUUGGAGCUAGAGUGGGACACUCGAGGGGGGCUGCCCUAGGAUCCCCUAACCCUAGCCAGAACUCCUCCCCGCCCCUCCGCUCACCCUCUUGGCCCAACCCAGCGCUGUCCGCCGCCCGUUCCCACAGCACUCCUGGGCGCGCCAGCUUCAGGCUUGCACCAGUCUCUCGGAGGCUUCCCUCGUUGCAACCGGUCUUCUCCUCCGGCUGGGCGAGAACCGGCCGUGGACACCGAGGGAGAACCAGAGGGUGGUGGUGGGGUGCAUCACCCCCCCGCCCCACACUUCUCGGUGGCAAGCCGGCGCGACCUCCCUGCCGUGCAGCCGGGGAUCCCAUCCAGCCAAGCCCAGGAGCAUGGGGACUCCUGACCCUGGGCGCACUUAUGCAGCCCUCGGACAUCUGCAGCAAUCGAUGGCGGAUUGGGUCGCCAGAACUCAGGACAGUCGACGAGAGCUGAUGGCUAAAUUGCCCGAAGGACAAUAUGUCUUAUGCCGUUGGACCGAUGGACUUUAUUAUCUUGGGAAGAUUAAGAGAGUGAGCGACGCUAAGCAAAGUUGCCUAGUGACCUUUGAAGAUAAUUCCAAAUAUUGGGUGCUUUGGAAGGACAUCCAGCAUGCUGGUGUCCCCAGUGAAGAGCCUGAAUGUAACAUCUGCUUGGAGAAGACAUCGGAGCCUCUGAAUGAGAUCUUGAUCUGUGGGAAAUGUGGAGUUGGGUACCACCAACAGUGCCACAUUCCACUGGUGGAGAGCUUUGAAGAGCCUUUGGUGACUCCGUGGUUUUGUCGGAGAUGUAUCUUCGUACUAGCCGUGCGGAAAGGUGGGGCUUUGCGGAAAGGAGCCAUCGCCCGGACUCUGCAGACGGUUAAAAUGGUCCUGUGUUAUAAUCCGGAAGAGCUGGAAUGGGAUUCCCUACACAGAACGAAUCAUCAGCAGUGUUACUGCUAUUGUGGGGGUCCCGGAGAGUGGUACCUGAAGAUGUUGCAGUGCCUUCAAUGCCGUCAGUGGUUUCACGAAGCUUGCAUGCAGUGCCUGAACCACUCCAUGCUCUUUGGAGAUCGAUUUUAUAUUUUCUACUGCACAGUGUGUAAUCAGGGACCGGAGUAUCUCAAACGUUUACCUUUGAGAUGGGUCGACGUCGUGCACCUUGCCAUCUACAACCUGGGCGUGCAAAGUAAGAAGAAAUAUUUCGACUUUGAGGAAAUCUUGGCCUUUGUCAAUCACCGUUGGGACCAUUUUCAGCUUGGCAAGUUGACUGCAACCCCUGUGGCAGAACGAGGUCCUCUCCUUCUGGAUGCACUAAACAGUUACAAAAGCAGGUUUCUGUGCGGGAAGGAAAUCAAGAAAAAGAAGUGCAUUUUCCGCCUCCGGGUUCGAGUCCCCCCGAAUCCUCCCAGCAAGAUGCUCCCGGAUAAGUUUGCGGGACGGAGCGAGACGAAGAAAAGGGGGAAAGUCAAAUCCUCCCACAAAAGCAGUUUGCUGCCGCAUCAAUCCCAGCACGAACGGAGAAGGAAAAGUCCCAAAUUUCUCCUGGAAGAUGCCAUUCCAAGUAGUGAUUUUGCCUCGGCUUGGAGCACCAACCAUCACCUGGCCUGCAUCUUUGAUUUCUCGCUGGAUGAAAUCCAGAGUCUCAAAAGUGCAAGUUCGGGCCACGGCUUCCUCUCCGAUGUAGACUCCACGGACGCUGCCAGCACUUCGGGCUCGGCUUCAACGAGCUUCUCCUUCGAAUCGAGGACAAACGUCGGGAGCCGGAAGCGCAAACUGUCCGCUAAAACCUACGCGCCGUUCGACGCCAAACCGAAAUCCUCCGAGCGUCUCCGCAGGCUUGUCCCCGGCUGCUCCUUGGAUGGCAGCGACCGUGCCAGCAGUCCGGAUCGCCCGGAGAACGCCAUCGACUGCCAGACUUUGGAGAGCUUGAGUGAAGAUGAUCUAUCCCUCUCUCACCUCCAGUCAUCCAUCAGCAGCUAUUUCGGAGCCACCGGCCGCUUAAUUUGCGGAGAGAAAUAUCAAGUGUUGGCUCGGAGGAUCAGCCCGGAGGGAAAAGUGGAAUAUCUCGUAGAGUGGGAGGGCAGCACCCCCUACUGAUGCGUGUCGGGAGGGGAGGGGGCUCGCCAUGUGAAGCCAUAAGAGAGGAACAGAGCGGGUGGGGGGUAAAUACAAUCGGGGGUUGCCCUGAACUGCCUUGGGGAUUAUCUGUUCAAGACUAAAUUUCCACCGGUCCCUGUCGUAAACCCUUUGGGCUGGGCUAGGAAAGAGGGAAGGCAUGGCUUAGUGAUCAACGAUCGCUCAGCCUUAGCUCUUGAGUGGCCGUUCGGGACAAAAGUGGAGAGGAGUGCAUUCCCGGGACAGCCCCGUAGAAAUGACAUCACUUUGACAAGUUUGGCAAGUGUCUAACGUGGCACUUAAUUUUGUCCCCCUGAUAUAAAGGAUAGCGAGAGAUCACACGUCGAUAGGAUCCAGGAGAGGGUUCAAUCAUGGAUAACCCUGCUUAGCAGGUGCAAUGAGCAGGGACGAUAAGAUGGCUGGUGGAGGAAUGCCUAUAAUAAGGGUAAAGCCAAAGGCACCUCCAAGCUCCUGGGUGUGCGCCCCCCCCACAAUCCCUUCCUAAACUGGGUUGCAAGUUUUUAAUGUGACAGAAGGGGGUGGGGGAGGAAAUUAGCAAAUGCACUAAAGAUGCCCGCAUCUGGAUUCUCUUCCACUUCAUUGGGAGUUGACAUCUGGUGGGUGAGCCUUCUACUCUGUCUCUUUGGCUCGAUGGUUGUUCUGUCCCCCUCGCCUCAGUCCGAGCGAUGACUUAAUUAGCCGGCAACUAUCAGCUCUGGCAGCAAACUAGUGAGCGUCUGCCAAGUGACUCUGUUAUCUCCCUUGAUGCCGAUGAGUCAACAAACAGUACUUCAGCUCUAGUCAAGCAGUUGAUCUGCCUGCUACGAAGAGGCAUAGCAGCCCUCGCUGCUUUUAUAUCCUGUGGGGUGUGGCUCCAUGACUCAGCACUUCUUAGGCCUGCCCCACCCCUGCUUCUGUUGUUCCCGCCUCUCCUGCCUACGAAACCUAGGGUCCAGCCAGGCCUGAUUGCCAUCAGCCGGGUCUGGAGGCAUGGCCUGGGGGGGGGAAGAGUCAGGGGACGGAGGCCUCGUUAUCUCCUCCACCUGGCCUGCCUCUGGCUCCUGGAGCUGAGCCAGGGAAGCCGGUGCUCCAGAGGUAAGUCCUGAUGGCCCUUCCCCCUCACUUUCCGAGUCACUUUCUGGCAGGGGACCCGGCUUGGGGGGCGCAGACACAACAAUGGUUUUCAAUUAUUAUUAUUUUUUUGGAGGGGGGGACUGGUGUGGAUGAAAGCCAAAAAUUCAGUCACAACUUCAGCCAGGAUGGUCCAUUUAUGACAAAUGUCUCAACAGGAGGCAGUUCCCAGCCUGGAAAAAAACCCACAAAACUGCCUGUUGCGUUUUUACCUUGCCAAGAUUCCCUUUUUUUUUUCCAUUUACGAGUGCCUCUCUCUCCAUAUAUAUCUAUAUAUAUAUAUAUGCUGUUAUCUCCAGAAGAUUUACAGAGCAAUACUGAAAUCCCAACUGUAUUUUCCUGCUCCUGUUUGCACAGUUUUAACUUGAGGCCCCUGCAGACAAGAGAGGGCCUCUUAAAAUAUAUAGUCUACCCCCCUCUCCCAUCCAGAAGGAUUUAUUCGUAUUUUAAAAUAUUAUAAUAAUUAUUUUUGCCUUGGUUUGGACUGAUCUUGUAAACGCUUCUAUGCACCUUCACAGAGUCAGGGCUACUGCUUUUUUUUUUAAUGAGUGACCUUUUGUGUGUUCGUUCUUGUUCAAAGGGUAAUGAAUGUGUCAAGAGGUACAAUUAUUAAAAAAAAAGAGAGAGAAUAUUGGUAACUUGGCCCUGUCUUCGUAUUGCUGGCACCACGUGAGAGGAUAUAACAGCAGCUGUUCGGAAGUUGAAUGCUUGAUGGAACAUGGGGAAGCGCUAAAAGAAGGGGAGGGGGGACCUGAAUUGGGGCAAUGAGCAGGCUGAUAAAUUCGGAGAUUUUUAAAAAUAGAAUAGAAUGGAAUAGAAUGGAAUAGAAUAGAAUUUUUAUUGGCCAAAUGUGAUUGGACACACAAGGAAUUUGUCUUGGUGCAUACGCUCUCAGUGUACAUAAAAGAAAAGAUACCUUCAUCAAGGUACAACACUUACAACACUUAAUGAUAGUCAUAGGGUACAAAUUUAACACUUAAUGAUACAACACUUAAUGAUAGUCAUAGGCUACAAAUAAGCAGCCAGGAUCUGGAUCUGAAGAAGUAACGUUAAGGAGUGGCGGGUCACAAUCACAACGCUCGGAGAAAGGAAGAAAACGAAGUUGCACAGAAUGAGAGAAAGUGAAAUUCGAUGUGCAGAACAAAACAUUUUAGCCUAUCUGAAUUCAUUUCUCUAUAUAUCUGAAUAUCUGGUGACGUCAUGGAUAUCCAUCCACGCUGGGUUUGGGAGCAAUAGUAUAGAAGCUACAGAAGUGGUUUGCUAUUGUUUUCUUCCUCCCUCCCUCCUCUUCUUUCUAUCUAUCUAUCUAUCUAUCUAUCUAUCUAUCUAUCUAUCUAUCUA